AUGUUGGAUAUUAAAAGUUCGGCCGAUUAUUUGACCAGGUCGAAUUUUAGUAAUUUUUCGAUGCUGUUUGCAGAUUCGACUUACAAAUCGACAUGGGGUUCUCAUACAACAAGUCAGUCUCAGAAUUACGGUUCGAAUGCUCUGAGUGUUACAAAAUCUUCCCUGGACCCACAUUCGCACUUGAGGCAACCCGAUCCGUAUCAGAUGUUCGGGCCCACCAGCUCCAGACUGGCGAGUUCAGGUUCAGGCCAGAUUCAGCUCUGGCAAUUCCUCCUGGAGCUGCUAAGCGAUUCGACGAACGCUGGUUGCAUCACGUGGGAGGGCACCAACGGCGAAUUCAAGCUGACGGAUCCUGACGAGGUUGCCCGAAGAUGGGGCGAGAGGAAGAGCAAGCCGAACAUGAACUACGAUAAAUUAUCCAGGGCACUGAGGUACUACUACGACAAGAACAUAAUGACCAAGGUCCAUGGCAAGAGGUACGCCUACAAGUUCGACUUCCAAGGUCUAGCUGCUGCCACUCAGCCAGUGUCCGCCGGUGGUCCUGCUUCGUCGGCGGACGCCUACAACAAGUACACGGAUGCAGCCCUGUUUUCCUAUCACCACCACGUGUACGGAAACGCGGCGGCGGCGGCAGGUACAGCGGCUGGUGUCUACCACCAGCACCACUCGGGGAACGGUGGUUCGGGUGCCGGGGCUGUUGGAGCUGCGGCGGGUAAACUGGGGCUGGGACUUGGGGGGCAUCAUCAUCAUCACGGGAUGGGGGCGGCUGGAGCUUCUAUUUUCCCUUCGGCCUCAUGGGGCAACUGGGGAACCCCCGGAGGCGCCGGAAGCCUCUACGCGCCCCCCAGUAUGACGCACCACGUUGCGUCGCACGUUGCCUCACACCAUCACCAUCACUUGGGUUCGUAUCCUCACUACGCAGCGUGACGACCGAAAGAUGGCAGCUCCGACUUCAUAUCAGUCGGAGGGGGCUUUUCCCACAAUGGAAACCUCGAAAUUAGGAGCCCCCAUGGCGGGGAGGAGAGAAAAUGUGGUAAUGAAUAGGAAAAGGGAUGGUAGGUACAUGUUGCUUGAGGGGGUUGAGGAACGAUUUGUUUUGGGUUAGUCGGUACAAUUGGAGUUGGUAGCAUGAGUCAAGUAAAAUAAAUGUAUAUCGUAGCCUUGAAUUUGUAAAGUUUUACAAAAAAUUUGUUUCACAUCAUCACCAUCACAUGUGUUCGUAUCUUCACUACGCGAAAGCUGGCAGUUCCGACUUUAUAUCGGUCGGGGGGGGGGGGGGUUUCACAAUGGGAACCUGAAAUUUAGGAGCCCCCAUGACGGAGAGGAGAGAAAAUGUGGUACUAAAUAAGAAAAAUAAUGAUAGAUGAAGUUGCUUGAGUUGUUUUGAGGGAAUGAUUCGUUUUGGGUUAGUUGGGACAAUUGGUGUUGGUGGUAUGAGCCAAGAAUAGAAAUUUUCUUUUUUUUUUUUUGCAAAAUUUUUACAAAUUCUAAGGUUUUUGAAGACCCUCUGACGAGUACAUUUGUUUUGGUAUAGUCUCAGAUAUUUAAAUAAUAGUUCGUGGAAUUACCCUGCGUAGUUGAAGUGAAACUUCUUUAUAACACAUUUAUUCUAACCAUGUUAAAAGACGCAUUAGAAGU